AUGAAAAUUCUCAGUUGGAACUACCAGGGGCUUGGGAACCCCCAGACAGUUCAUAGCCUUUGUUUCCAAACAAAUGAGAAAGAUCCUGACUUGGUUUUCUUGAUGGAAACCAAGUUGUCCCAAGCAAGAGCUACCAAGGUAGCAAGGAAGGCCAUAUUUGAGUGUUGCGUGGCAGUAGAUGCAGUAGGGAGGAGUGGUGGGUUGAUGCUCAUGUGGAAGCAAGAAGUUCAGCUAGAAUUGAUUAACUAUUCUCAACGACAUAUUAAUGUGUUAAUGAAGAAUGAUGAAAACAAUUUAAACUGGGUUCUUACCUGUUUUUAUGGUCAUCCUGAAACAAACAAGAGGAGGGAAGCAUGGCAGCUUUUGCAGUCAUUUAAUCCUAGUGAUAUGGGAUGGGAGAUAAUAGGUGAUUUCAAUGAGAUUCUGUCACAUGAUGAGAAGGUGGGAGGAAGGGUUAGAUCAGAGAAUCAGAUGGGGUCAUUUAGAGAGGUGGUCGAAAAUUGCAAACUUUUUGAUCUAGGAUGGGAGGGGAACAAAUAUACAUGGUGUAACAGACACGAGAAUGAAACCUUCACUAAAGAGAGAUUGGAUAGGGGAUUGGCCAAUAGAAGAUGGGUGGAGGCUUUUCCAGAUGCUAAAGUCAGCACCAUGAUGGCCUUAUGCUCAGAUCAUAGGCCUAUCCUACCGGAAUGCUCAAGAGGAAGGGGGGAGAGGACACCUUUUUAUCACCACUUCAAGUAUGAGAUGAAUUGGAAUAAGGAGGAAGGCUGUAAAGAUAUAGUUGCAGAAGUAUGGCAAAGAGGAAACCACACUUUAAGGCAAAAUAGCUGGUUACAAAGCAAGUUAGAGAGAUGUAGCAAAAGGCUUCAGUAUUGGGGCAGGGACAUGAGAAGAAACAGAUUGGCAGCCAAAAAAUAG